UCAGCAUCAGCAUCAGCAUCAGCACCAGCGUGGGCGCAGAAGAGAAACGCCACAGCCGCUCGCUGGCCCGCUCAGUGCCUUUUGAGACGCAGCCCAACGUCACGGUUCACCUCUUUUUUCCCGCGGUCACAACGCCCUCGCAAAAAAGCAAUCGUUCCCUAUUUCUCGUUUGGCGCGCGCGCGCGUGGCCCCGUCCGCCGAGAACAUCAUAUCACGCGUUUAAAGCAAUGCGUCGUCCAGCACGACUGCCAGCCUCUUCGCCCGCCGGCAUUGCAAGCUUCGAAUGACGUUGUAGCAGAGACACCGGGCUCGUGUUGCAAUUUCGGGCGUGACACCGUCUGCCAUUGGCUUACCCCGAGACCCUCUCGACGAAUAGGACGCCGUUGGUGAUAGACCUCGACGUCCUGUCUCUGCCUCAUACGCCCACACAGGGUCCAGCUACCAGACACUGCGCCGCCGCUCCUGCAGUGCGCCAGCACCAUCGCGACGGACACUCGUUUUGCCCGUAACUCCGUUGUUCGUGGGCGUUCCCGUUGAAAAACACCAUCGUCGCCAUCUUUUACGGCGCAACGGCGACUUGAACCGCUACUGCGCUACUCUCGAGGGUCCACAUCAGACCGUAUCAGACGCCCCGAUCCGCGUCUCCGCUCUCGCUCUUUGCCAUUGGGACCUAAUUCUUGGGCGGCUCCUUGAUUGCAUUUGGUAACUGUACCGACAUCUACCUGGAACGGCGCUUCCUUGACUGUCACCAGCUCCGUCCGUCGUGAUUGGUGCUCCGGGUAGCUCCAGCUACAGGUGGCGCUCUCAUCAUCAUCAUCAGCCUCCUCUUGGUCCAGAUUACAAGGCUGGCGCAGUCUGUUCACCAUCCGUGCUUUCCAGUGCUGAGGUCGACCAUUGUUCUAUGGUCUCCUGGCAAUGGCUUCAUCGGAUGUAGACCAAAAGUAUUUAGGUCGCAUAGCCGAUGCAUCAGCCCCGAUAGCGCCGCUCGUUUCGAAAGCACUUUACCAGCUUCUAGGCCUCUCAGUCGUGCUGGCAAAGAAGCUGUACAGGGCAAGAAAGCUACGGAAGCUCGACACGUCACGCGACACCAAAUCGCUACAACUCUAUCACCAAAUCAUAUGGCUAUCUCGCGAGGGACUCUCCAUAUUGGAGCUCUCCGUUAUGCCUUAUGCAGGGAAUGGUGAGCUGGGAGCAGAAUGCCAGGUUCUCGUUACGAAGUUGCGCGCAUCGUUCCAUCACAUAUUCUGUUUAUUUCACAACAAUCCACCCAUAACCACAGUCAGCGCGUACUCGAGCAAACGAUCGACAUCGCAACCUCUCUCGCCGAAGCAUGACAACGGCCAGCGACGAAGGCGAGGUAGCAGUGGUGGUUCUCCUCAGGAGAAGCGCGAAAACAACACCCCAAAGCGGGGCUCGCGCGAGUCAAAGGGAAAGAGACAGACGUUACGCGACAACAUCGACUCUAUAACAUCAGAUGCUUCCUUUCUGACAAAUCCGUACGCUGGUGUACAGCCGGGAACGACACCGCCUCCUGGGCUGACUCCAUCCAUGCCUCCUGGUUUUGCGCCGCUACCCCCAAAGCCUUCGGCGUUUUUACUACCUGCCAUUGACUUUGUGCCGAACACGGCAACGUACUUCCGCGCUGCAUCGAACAUAGCAACCUUACGGCUUCCUGGGGCUCAUCCACUACGUUUAUCCGUUGCCAUUGAACAUGCUGCGUUCCUUUGGGACUGCGUCCAUGAUCAUAGUGGGUCGCGAUCGCUUGCCAGAAGGGCUAUUCGCUCUCUGCGCGAUGGUGAAGAUAUAGGUAUAACGGACGAGCAGUAUGAUGAUGCUGCAGAUAUGGUUGGUGUAUUAGGUCGAAUGAUGAAAAGAAAGUCGUGGGAAGGCACGCCGAAACCUGGCGCAGAAACAUCGCCUCCAUCAGCCGAACCGCCUUCGGCAACGAAGCCAGUUACCGGUGAUCCGUUUCCCCAGACCUACCCUCCGCCCGCACCGGAGCCUACUUUGACCAGCGAUCUGACGCCCGCUACGCCAUCUAAGAAGAUGAAUGUAUAUCGCGAUGUGGAGACUGUCCCUAGUGGGUUUGAUGGUUCCCCAGGUGGAACUCCUAGCAGUCCAGCUCAAGAGCGUCGCGGCAGUCGAGGGAGUAGACAUACGCGAACGGGAAGCAAGAGCACAGGCCAGACUGUGACACCCCGAGACCGCAAAACCACCAGGGACAGAGCUUCUUCCUUUGGUGACGGCAUGGCUCCCGUUAGAGAUGCGCGCAGAUCGCCAGAUCUUCCUCCAGCACCUCCACCGAAAGAUCCAAGUCCUUCAAUGCGUUCUACAAGCAAGCAGAGCACACCGCGACGCGAUGCGCCGGCGCAGAUAUCACCACGUGAUCGUAUUCCCACGACUCCCCAACGACCGUCACGUCCAUCAACAAGCGGUAGGACUCCGUCGACACCUCUGAAGUACCCUCGGCCCAUGGAGGUUUCGCCAAAGUAUCCAGGUGGACGCCUUCAAGAAGCUACGGCCGCGAGUGGAUAUCAUACUGACGAGGGUUACGGCGAUUCCAGUUGACGGCGAGGCGGCGGGAGGAUCUCAGACGGUGGGCAGGACGUCUUCAGACCACCGUCGCCUCGGGUUGUCCGGCGGAAGCCAUCCAAAUCAACAAAGAAGAAGAGACGUGCAUUCCGAUGCUCGCUCAUGUAAUAUCAUGCAUACAUUCGUGACGGCCUAUGCCUGCCCUAUGGUCGUUACAUAUACAUUUACUUUUCUGCUUGUUUGAAUUUUCUUUUUUAAAAAAAACCCCCCUUGCAAAGGCAGUUUUGUUUUGAUCUCAUUAUCUCUCGUUUGGACUGUAAUUGCAUUUGUCUAGUUCUAUUUGAAAUUUUCUUCUGCCACUGAUUCUUCGCUUGCAUCUUCUUUCUCGCCUGGAGGAUCUGCUCGCAUUUUUCAAUAUCCUCGCUAUCAUUGUCAAGAGGAUGCAAAAGCAGGCGGUUCUAUUCUUAACAAUUUCUGAUGCGCUAAGAUACCCAUCAUUGUACACGGAGAGGGAGACGGCGGCGGCGGACUGGCCUUUCAAUCCUGGCAUCCCUGCUAUGUAUCCCGUUCUUGCCUUUGAGCUUGGUGACCAUUUUGUUGAUUCUCCACCAGUGUUUUUUACCCGUACUGGAAGCGUUUGCAUGCGUCGUACUUGGAUAGCAUUUUUGCAUCACAUGUGUUGGGGCCGAGCGCUUCUCUCUAUUCGCGCUCGCGUAAUGUAAUAUAGUGGACAUAAAAUGCCUCUGU